GCACGAUAAACGAAAAUCCGAUUCCGAGUUACCCUGAAGUGUCCAUUUCUGGUUUUCGAAGAGAUUGCUCCCAUUUGGCGCGCGAAAUCCACCUUUCGCCGAGUUGGACCUCCUUCCGAGCCGCGCGCUCGGAAACCGAGUCAACGGUUUGAGAACAAACAAGCGGUGGCAGUGGCGCGACACGGCGCGACGCGCGCUCGGACGUGUGUAUUUAUGUUUUGAGAAGUGUUUCGUGAGUGACUCGCGGGUGUUGCGUGACAUUGCUUCGCUGUGCUGUGAAGUGUCUUUCGUGGUGUGCCUGGAGCUACACGUCAUGUCUAUUUUGUAUCCAUCUGUAGUCAGUAGAUGCGGGACCCCUACCCGUACCGGGCGGGGCCGGGGCUGCCGGGGCCCAACCCCGCGCCGAGUAUUCUCAGCCAGCUGACUCGCCACAUCGUCAACUCCUCGCAUGCCGCCAAGAGGCCUCCUCCAUCGACCGUGCUGCGCGCCAGUACGCAGGCAACAGCCAUCGGGGGCGUGGUCGACUUCACCACCACCACGACGUCGGCCUGGGCACUGGGCUCGAGCUGGGACGGCAACUCCACCAUCUGGUCGGUGCGGCCCGUCAACGACACGGCCAACCCGUUCGACGCCGAGGCCGAGCCCGACAACCGCAACAACUGGUGGGCGCUGCUCGCCCUCUUCCUGGUGGUGGCCACGGCGGCCGGCAACAUCCUGGUGUGCCUCGCCAUCACGUGGGAGCGCCGCCUGCAGAACGUCACCAACUACUUCCUCAUGUCGCUGGCCAUCACCGACCUCAUGGUGGCCGUGCUCGUCAUGCCCGUGGGCAUCCUCACGCUCUUCAAGGGCUUCUUCCCGCUGCCCUCCGUGUACUGCCUGGUGUGGAUCUGCCUGGACGUGCUGUUCUGCACGGCCUCCAUCAUGCACCUGUGCACCAUCUCCGUGGACCGCUACCUCAGCCUGCGCUACCCGAUGCGCUUCGGCCGCAACAAGACGCGCAGGCGGGUCACGCUCAAGAUCGUCUUCGUGUGGCUGCUCUCGAUCGCGAUGAGCUUGCCGCUCAGCCUCAUGUAUUCGCAGAACCAGGACUCGGUGCUCAUCGACGGCACCUGCCAGAUCCCCGACCCGCUGUACAAGCUGAUAGGCAGCAUCGUGUGCUUCUACAUCCCGCUGGGCGUGAUGCUGCUCACCUACGCCCUCACCGUGCGCCUGCUCGCCCUGCAGCAGCAGAACCUCUGCGGCGGCGGCGGCUGGCACCCCUCCACGCCAGGGCUGCGGCGGAGGAAAUGGCGGCGGCUGAUGCUGCGGUCGUCGCGGUCGGAGCCGCCGUCGGCGUGCUCCACGCCGCAGCACAACAUGCACAACAUGGCCUCCACGGACACCGAGCUCACCAUGGUGGACACGCACGAGCUGUGGCUGCCCGAGAGCUCCGUGCCCGAGCCCACACCCUCCACCAUGUCCGCCCUGCACCAGUUCGGCGUCGAGAUGCUCAAGCUGUCGCGUGGCCUGGGGGCCGCCGAGGACGCCGCCGCCAGCUCGUGCGUGGAGGACACCGACGAGGACGAGGACCCGGAGCGCCGGCCCUGCCUGCGCAUGCCGCUGCCCAUGCCGGGCAUCGGACUGGUCAUGCGGCACCACCGCUGCGACAACUUCGGUGACAACAACUCCGUGGGCUUGGGCGAGUCGGCCAACACGCCGCCGGUCCCGGUGCGCCGCCGCCACCGGUUCGACGUGGAGGCCGCCGUCGAGGGCAGCGACGAGGCCUCGACCCCGCGGCGCCUCGUGCACAGCUACCACGAGCAGAGCGACGGCUUGGUGUCCGAGGUGCCCGAGCUGGGCGUGCGCUCCGCGCUGCGCCAGCACCUCAGCAAGAGCUGCGAGAUGCCCAAGGAGGCGGCCUCGCCGUCGACGUCCAAGGUCAGCGGCAUGGUGGUGACGUGGGACAACGGUACGUUCCGCUCCAGCCUGGACGACAACAGCAGCACCAGCACGCCGGCCAGCAGCGCGGCGCCGCCCAGGCAGCCGGCCGCCAGGCAGGCGCCCUCCAGCGGCUCGGCCAGCGCGGACUCCACCCCGGUGCACCGCGGCAAGCUGUCCCAGCGCAUUCCGCUGCUGCGGCGCUCGGCCACGCUGCGGCACCACAACAACGGCCAGGGCAUGGACGACGUCAACGUCAGCCUGACGCGGAACAACACGGUGCGCAGCCAGCACUCCCGCAGCUCGUCCGUCAUGUCGCGCAACUCGUCGCGCCACGGCCGCAUCAUCCGCCUCGAGCAGAAGGCCACCAAGGUGCUGGGCGUCGUGUUCUUCACCUUCGUGGUGCUCUGGGCGCCCUUCUUCGUGCUCAACCUAGUGCCCGCCAUCUGCGGCGUCGAGUGCGAGCGCAGCAUCCACACGGCCGUGUUCGACUGCGCCACCUGGCUGGGCUACGCGUCCUCCAUGGUCAACCCCAUCUUCUACACCAUCUUCAACAAGGUGUUCCGGCAGGCCUUCAAGAAGGUCCUGCUGUGCCAGUACCGCUCCAAGGGCUGGCGGCAAUGACAACAAGACGACGCCGUCUUUCGGCGUCAGGCAGCGGUGGGGGCCCGGGGCCGCGGCCGGGGCCGGACUCUGAGCUUCAGCACGGUGGGGCCUCCGCAGCCAAACACAACGACGCGCUUCUAGCUUCAGCCCCACCAAGCCAAACAGUGUGUGAUUCCACCCGGCCGCUGCCAGGACUCGAACCCGAGCGGCGGCCCGGGGUAUAGACUUUAAGCAAGUGGUUGUUUGGUUGGCGGAAUGGGGAAAUCCACUGACAAGUUACGAACUUGAAACAUUUCCCUCGCAUCCCCAACCAAAUAAUUAUUCCAUCGAAAAAGCUUCGCUGGACCAAGCAAUUGUGUUUGAUAAGUGGUGCAGAAGACUUCCAUCAAAUUAGCUAGGCAACCAAUGUUUUAUUUUUUCGUCUAAAUCGUUCUUCCUAUUAGUAUAGUGAGGGGGUGAAAAGUCCUUGUAAUUUAUAUAUUUCAUACAGAGUAUAUUAGAAGUCGCUUAAAUACUUUAUAGCAAUAUCCGAGAGAAGGAAAGUGACAAGUGAGGCAUUUAUUCCAUUUUUCUCCCAAUUAAUAAUGUCAAGUACUUUGUA